CAGAUCUUCCUUCCAGGUUCCAUAUCUGAUCUGUCCUUGGAUUUAAACUCUUAGUUACAAUGCCGGCUGAUUACAAUGGAACAUGGGAAAUGGAAACAAAUGAAAACUUUGAAGGUUACAUGAUUGCAUUAGGCAUUGACUUUGCUACACGUAAGAUUGCAAACCACCUGAAACAAACAAAAGAAAUUAUCCAAGAAGGAGACAAGUUCAGGACAAAAACACUGAGCACUUUCAGGAACUAUGAAGUGAAUUUCACCAUAGGCGAAGAAUUUGAAGAGCACACCAAGGGACUUGACAACCGAGUGGUGAAGACACUAGUGAGCUGGGAUGGUGAUAAACUAGUCUGUAUCCAGAAAGGUGAAAAGAACAAUAGAGGCUGGAAACAUUGGAUUGAAGGAGACAAACUGCAUCUGGAGCUGACGUGUGAAGACCAGGUAUGCCAUCAAGUAUUUAAGAAGAAAAAAUAAGUUGAUCAGAACCCUGUCCAUCUGCACAUGGUGUAAUUAUGUUGUUUGCUGUGUUAAAUUAAAAAAAAUGACACUGCCA